CCUCUCUCUGCCCAUAUGUUUAGCUUGUGUCUUUCGGUGCCCUCGAUGAGCUUUCCGUCGAGCAGUGAAAGCCGGGGGAAUGAGUGGGGCUCACAGGAUGCAAGAGUUAGAAUACUUCAGGGGUGGAGCUACAUUGGUGAUUUCAUUGGAUGGUUUGAACUGGCUUUCUAGAAGGAGAUGCAGUGACAAAGGAAACACUAAACGGGAUGAAGAGCUCCAGUUUUGGAUAUCUUCAGGUCAGAGGAUCCUGGCUGAUGAGAAGCUGCAGCCAAAUACGUGCUUCUGUAUCCUUGAUCAAAAAGGAAGUGCAGCCCUUAGCCUGUGGAGGAACACCGACCGCCCAUCAAGCUUGGUAACGCGGCCAUCAUCCUUCUCUCUCUCUCCAGAACACUGUCGUCCUCUAGAGGAGCCUGUCCAGCACUCAGCCUUUACUUCUUUAGCUUCCCCUGUCGCAGAGGGCCCAAAGGAGGUCCUGUGGACCAAGUUUAUCUUAAAUAUGCGGGAUAUUUUCACUUUGAUCACAAAGAAUGUAAAUGUGGCAACCAAGCAGCAGACUAUUACAAUGGAUCGCCCAAAUAGGUUUAUCUUUUUCUGUGAUGAGGACAUACCAUCACGAUUUUUUAGUGACAUUUGCUACACUCAAGAUUGUAGGACAUUCAAAGGAAAUACUGUUUGCCAUAUCAGUGGCAACAACAACAUGUCAAGUGAUUUAAAAAACUCCGCUGCCCACUCGCCCUCUGAUCCCAACAAUAACUCUGAGGAUGAUCAGAAUGAUAUGGUUAUCACAGACAAUUUUAAUAUAUGCACUCGUAAAAGUCUUUUAAAAUCCUGUCAAAACUACAAUCAUACAGGAGAAUCAUCUGGUAGGGACAGGAAUGUGAAAAUGAGGAAGAGGGUGUCCUUCGAUGAUGACGUCGUAGUCUACCUGUUUGACCAGGAGAGUCCCACCGUGGAGCUGCACUCUGAGCCCUGCACAUCUCUGCCAGGCCGCUCUUCCUGCAACCAGCCAGAUGUCGCACUAGAAGACAGUGGCCUGGAGUGGGAAGACGACUUCUCAGCUUUGGAGAAGAACUGCCAUUUUCAGUGUGUCAGUCACUCUCAGCACAGCACCCUCUCCCUGCCAACACAGAGCUGGACUGCUCUGUCCAGGCCAGAGCGUUACUUUCUGUCCCAAACCUGCCUCUUCCUCACCCAUGUCACCGAGUCAGACCUUGAGCUGUGAGAUAAACGACAGCCAGCCUUGGUCUAAUGGAAAAACUGACUAAUCGUCCAGAUCUCGUCCUCUUCACCUCUUACUCAUCUCCCCACCUCCCUCCUCUUUUAUGAUGAGUCAGGGAUAGUAAUGGCUUUUUUUCUCCCUCUCCUCCAAAUGGAUUCAAAGCACCUGCCGUUCAUGACAUCACAGCCAUGCAGGACUGUGUGACAGUGUAUUGAGCUUUAACAGUUGUUGGUAUGACACGACCACUGGCCAUGAUGUGAUAAAACAGCCAGAUGCAAAACAGCGCUGGUACCUUUCCAGCUGCAAACCUCUUUGGAAGCUGCUUUUUAUGCCAGGUCCUUGGACC